AUGGUCAUUGGGCACACCAAGACCCCCUCACAUGACAGACUUCCUGCUCGACAGCCUUCCAUCACGACACUGUUCAGAAGCGAUCGCCGGCGAGGUUGCCAACUGAGGGAGCUUCCUACAUCGUACCCUACAAACUCCUAUCAGCAAACAUGUCCUGAGCAGCGAGAUUUCGCUCCUACACCGAACCGCUUCAGUCUCCUAGCCGAGCUCAAACACUCGCCUACCAAACCCAAGUGGGAAUUUGACUUUGUUCCUACCACAGUUGAAGGUACAAGACGGCGAGGCAAACGUGGUGGGAAACAUACCAAGAGCAAGGGUGAUGCACCAAAGAAAAAAGAUGAAAGAGGAACUCGUGCGUUGAACCUGGACGAAUUGUGCAACAGAAUGGCUGCAUUGCGCCUGAACAACGAAAAGCCGAUACCAACACCACGACUACAAACCGGCGACGAUCAGCACAGCGCUGUGAAGAAUAGUUCCAUAAAUUCGGCAGAGAGCGCCAAAACCCACUGGGCUCCGCAGUUCAAACCAAAUGAGCUACGUACGCCCGCGAUCACAACACCCAAGCCAACGAACAUGAAGCAAACCGACCUCCCAAAGCAGUCUGAGCGCCGCCAUGCUCAUCACAGAUUCUCUCGAUCACCUUCUGAAGUCUGGGAUUACAAGCGCAAAGAAGCUCGAUCUUUCCCUUUUUCCGCGUUUCCUGCUUCCGCAGAUCUAACAAGUCGUGACAACCCCUUACCUCAGAUCUCGCGACUAGCGCUUGCGCAAGUAGAGUUUGCCAAUAAGCAGCCUUCUAUUUGUACUUUACCCCCGACACAGUCACAGCAAUCAGCGGUAUUAGCGGCAUGUCGCGUUCUUGCGACGAGAAAAUCUGGACUUGCACCGUCUCCCUUAAACGAUGAGCCAGUGAAGCACCAGGCAGACUUACAGUCCUCGUCGCCAUCAACUGCAAACAUCCCGACUUACAUCGCUUCGUCAACGCUCGCAGGUACUCCCACAAUACCCAACCACAUACCUACAAUGCCAUCGCCGUCAGUGAUUUCAGUUCCACUUCCCAUCUCUACGUUAGUACCUAUUGUUUCCGUACCACCAACCCCCUCUGUUCAAGGGCCCCAAUCACUACAAUCUCCUUGUCCGCGUCCAUUGCUACCAACAUGUUCACCGCGGAUGUGGACAGACGUGUCCGAAGGCAUCACCGUUUUCAAGCCAUCUCUUCGAUCCCCAAGCACAACUCCAGCCGUACCCCUAUACCCUUCCACUAAUGCCCCGAAGCCCCGUCUAACACCAGUGGUGCCACUGGACCCUUUCAAGCAAUCACCUGUAACAUCUUUUCUUGCGAGACCCAAACCUCCGAUUCAUUUCCCAAGUCCAGAAGUACAGAAGGAGUUGGACGACUUCUUGGCAAUGGGACAUGCAGGCCCAUGCUGGUGCAGCAAUCAUUCUCAAGUACACACUCUAUCUUGUUCCUCGAGCAAGACUCUUGAGAUCUCACACCCGUCCUCUCCCAUAGACGUCGAUGUUGUAAUCGGAAUCCCGCUCGCCACUCCUGAAACCGACUUGCAGACAACCCUACACAGCGACGAAACUACAGCAAGCCCGGGAUCAGAAUCCGACACCAACUUCUGGGACUCUGAUGCGGAAUCAGACACAGACCCUCCAUCUCCAUCCCCAUCCCUCUCGGCGUUAUCCUCAACCUCCGACUUCGAAGACCUAAGCAACAUCCCACACCCCACCACGCCCUCCUCCCCCUCCUCACCCGGAGACGAAGACUGGGCCAUCGUCUCUCCCAGCCCACAGUACCUUAUAUCCAGCCAACUCGUCACGUCAAGUCCCGUCGCCAGAUACGAGUAUCCGAUUUCCCCCGUCGGCGGCUUACUCACGCCGCCCCUUACCCCGCCGCAUGUAGCACCUGAUGAUGCGCAUAGUCCGUGGGCUUUGACUUCUGUGCAGACGUUGUCUACGCCAUCGCCACCUUCGUGGGCGGAGGAGGAGUGGCCUGUUGUGGAAGUGGAUUGUGUGUGUGAUGAGAAGAGUGCGGGGGAGUGGCCGACGCUGCGGGAAGCUGCGCGGACUGUGAGAGACAGGAGUGGUACGAGGGGUGGGGAGGGAUGGGAUGGGGGUACGGAUUGGUUCUUGUAG